UUUGUUUUUGUUUGACGUUUGAUAUUGAAAAGUCACAUUUCUAGAAGUUGCUGCAGAUUCCUGCUUUUUUCUUUUACAAAAGUUCGUGUAAUUUCAUAAAAAUAAAAGACUAAUUAAAUCACAAAAAGUCUACAAUUAAACUAAAUAAUGGAUGACGAAGCUGAAACCUACAAACUUUGGCGUAUUCGUAAGACAAUAAUGCAACUUAGCCACGACCGUGGCUAUUUGGUGACACAAGAUGAACUCGACCAGACGCUGGAACAAUUUAAGGAACUUUUUGGCGACAAACCAAGUGAAAAGAGACCAGCUCGAGGUGACUUGGUUGUCCUGGUGGCACACAACGAUGAUCCCACCGACCAAAUGUUCGUAUUCUUCCCCGAAGAACCCAAAAUCGGAAUAAAGACCAUCAAGACUUAUUGUACACGAAUGCAAGAGGAGAACAUCCAUCGAGCUGUUGUAGUUGUUCAGGGAGGCAUGACACCAUCAGCUAAACAGUCUCUAGUUGACAUGGCACCAAAAUACAUUCUGGAACAGUUCUUGGAGUCGGAACUUUUGAUUAACAUAACCGAGCAUGAGUUGGUGCCGGAGCAUGUGGUGAUGACGCCUGAGGAGAAGCAGGAACUGUUGCAGCGGUACAAAUUGAAGGAGAACAUGUUGAUGAGAAUUCAAGCUGGCGAUCCGGUGGCACGGUACUUUGGACUGAAACGAGGACAAGUGGUGAAGAUUAUUCGGUCGUCGGAGACAGCUGGACGGUAUAUUUCUUAUCGUUUGGUGUGUUAGUCGAGGAGGGGGUUCGGUUCAUGAGACUAGUGCACCGUAGUUUUCAAAAUAAUGUAGAUUUUAAAUGAAUAAACUUAUUUCUUUUUUUAAAACGUGA